UCCGGUAUUCGGACGAGGACGUUGGUCUCAGUGAAAUACGCCGGAUUAUAUAGAAGAAUUCGAAAAGAAAACGCGGGCGCAUAUAUUCACGCGAGGGCGAGGGUAAAAGAAGGUACACAUGGAAAGUGAUUUGACGAAAGAAAGUGUUUGUGUUUUCAACAACUGUUCAUUUUCAAAAUUAGUGGAGCUGUAAAAAAAGGGUGGAACUAAAGGUUUACCGACAAAAAAGAUUAGAUAUAUAAAGAGCGAAGAUUUAUCGCAUCCGGAAGCCGUGAGGAUGUCAGACACUCCUGAAAUGCCUGGAAUCACCGAUUCAAAGAUCAUGAACGAAUCAAUGUUUAGCACCUUAGAUAUUGCAAUAUUAGUAGCUCUAAUAGUUACAGUAAUUUGGUAUAUUAUGAGGUGGAACCGGCAGGAAGAAUAUACGUUUGCCAAUACAUCUUAUACUAUACAACCAUCAUCGUACACAGCAUCAACCCCCUCGGAAAAUUCAUUUAUUAAAAAACUUCAAACGUCUGGUCGAAGUCUCGUUGUCUUUUAUGGCAGUCAAACUGGAACCGCUGAAGAAUUUGCCGGACGAUUGGCUAAAGAAGGUAUUCGUUACAAGUUAAAAGGGAUGGUAGCCGAUCCAGAAGAAUGCGACAUGGAAGAGUUAAUCAAUUUAAAAACAAUAAAUAAGAGUUUAGCGAUCUUUUGUUUGGCUACAUACGGAGAAGGUGAUCCUACUGAUAAUGCCAUGGAAUUUGUUGAGUGGUUAAAAAAUGGGGAUGCUGAUCUCAAUGGCUUAAAUUACGCAGUCUUUGGGCUUGGAAAUAAAACGUACGAACAUUACAAUGAAAUUGCUAUUUAUGUCGAUCAUAGAUUGGAGCAACUUGGAGCUAAUCGUGUCUACGAAUGUGGUCUUGGAGAUGACGAUGCCAAUAUCGAAGAUGAUUUUAUUACAUGGAAAGAUAAAUUUUGGCCAGCAGUUUGUGAAUAUUUUAAUAUUGAAGGAGCUGGAGAAGAUGUUAGUAUUCGCCAGUAUAAGCUUACCGAGCAUGUUGAUAUACCUGUAGAAAAAGUCUAUAGUGGUGAAAUUGCACGACUUCAUGCUUUUAAAAAUCAAAGAGCACCUUUCGAUGCUAAGAAUCCCUUCUUAGCACCUGUAAAAAUUAAUCGAGAACUACACGGUUCUUCUUCAAAUAGAUCUUGUAUGCAUAUAGAAUUUGAUAUCGAUGGAUCAAAAAUGCGUUACGAAUCUGGUGAUCAUUUAGCAGUUUAUCCAGUUAAUAACUCUAAUCUUGUAAAUAAAAUUGGUGAAAUAUGUAAUAUUGAUUUGGAUACUAUUUUCACCUUAACAAAUACUGAUGAGGAAUCAACAAAAAAGCAUCCGUUCCCUUGUCCUUGUACAUAUCGAACUGCUUUGACGCAUUAUUUAGAUAUUACCAGUAAUCCAAGAACACAUAUACUGAAGGAAUUGGCAGAAUAUGCAAGCGAUCCAAAUGAUAAGGAAAGAUUGAGACAGAUGUCUUCCACAACCGCGGAAGGUAAAUCUCUCUUUCAGCAGUGGGUCAUUCAAGAAAAUAGGAAUAUAGUACAUAUUUUGGAAGAUAUUCCAAGUUUGAAACCAGCCUUAGAUCAUUUGUGCGAACUGCUACCAAGAUUACAGUGUCGUUACUACUCCAUAUCUUCUUCACCAAAGCUGCAUCCGUCUGAAAUUCACAUAACUGCUGUUGUUGUGGAAUAUCCAACUCCAACUGGUAGAAUUAAUAGAGGUGUUACAACUACUUGGUUAAAGGAGAAACAUCCUUCCGAUCCACCUUGUCUAGUUCCAAUUUUCGUCAGAAAAUCUCAAUUCCGUUUACCAUCGCGCACUACAACGCCAAUUAUAAUGGUCGGGCCAGGAACUGGACUCGCGCCAUUUAGAGCAUUUAUCCAAGAACGUGACGUGGCUAAGAAAGAAGGUAAAGAUGUGGGCGACACGAUUCUUUAUUUCGGUUGCCGAAAACGCGAAGAAGAUUUUCUCUACAGAGAAGAAUUGCAACAAUAUGUUGAUAAUGGAAGCUUAACUUUGCACACAGCAUUUAGUAGAGAGCAGGAGAAUAAAGUUUACGUCACACACUUGCUCGAAAAGAAUAAGGAAGAAUUAUGGAGAGUAAUUGGGAAAAAUAAUGGACAUAUUUACGUAUGCGGCGAUGCACGGAAUAUGGCACGAGAUGUACAUAACAUUCUAUUGAAGGUGGUAAUGGAAAAAGGAAACAUGAGCGAAUUACAAGCUGCUGAUUACAUAAAGAAGAUGGAUUCACAAAAACGUUACUCCAGUGAUGUAUGGAGUUGAAUUGUAAAAUUUCAAACGAACUCUAGAUUGUAUUAUAUAUGUUACUAUACAAUAAGAGACUGCAUCGUUGCAAUCACGCGAGUGCCUGAGAAAAGAUAUUAUCCUUCGCAAUUUUUUUUUUAAUACAAAUAUUCUUAUAAAUAAAUAUGUUUAUACUUAUGGAUAAAUAUAUCUAUAUACAUAAAUAUUCGGUGUACAUACUAGACUUUUAAAAAGUUUGGUAUAUAUACCAGUGGCUGAAAGGUCUUAUUAGCUAAAUGUGUUGUGAUAAUAUGCAGAUAUUGUUAGAUAAUUUAAUAUUUUAUUAACUUAGUUACAAGUUAAUAUUAUAAUUAAAUAC